AAAUGGUGAGCAUUCAGACGACACAUUUGUGUAGUUGUAGAAAGUGGUGAUUUCCUAUCUCAAAUUUGGAGGGAAUAUCAAAAGUUGACCGAGUCUUUUCCCUCUCAAAUAGCCACGCCCUAUUUGACUAGAUUGUGACAUUCAGACAACAUUUAAAUGUUGUCUAAAUGUGGGGAUUGUUUUAAAAUUUCCCAAGUUAUUUUGACUUGUGCUAUUUGACAUAUAUCCCUCGCAAUUAAGUCACUUUCGAUCUGUCCUUGCCUUGUCAUCACAUACUAGAUCUCUCAGCUCGACCUAGAACGUUAACCCGGCCGCAAAAGCCCAAACACCAACCUCGCUCUCUCCGACCUGACCUCGUCCUUCAACGACCCGAGCCACCUUCAGCUCCUUCACCGACCCAGAACUGCCUCGAUCGACGACGACCACGAUCUCCUUCAGCGAGCUCCCCGACCUCGUCCUCCCCGACCUCAUCCUUCAACGAUCCGAGCCACCUUCAGCUCCUUCACAGACCCAGAACUGCCUCGAUCGACGACGACCACGAUCUCCUUCUUCGAGCUCCUCCGACCUCUUUGUACGACCUGAGCUCGUUCUCCGACCCGACCUCGUCCUUCAACGAUCCGAGCCACCUUCAGCUCCUUCAUCGACCCAGAACAGCGAACUCCUUCAGCGAGCUCAUUCAAUGACCUGACCACGAACUCAUUCUCCUACCUGAGCUCCUCAUUGUCCGACUUGAGCCGGCCCGAGGUCGUUCUCCGACCUGAGCUCCUUCUCUGACCAUCGCCUCCUCCAGCUCAUUCUCCAACCAUCGCCUCCUCCAGCUCGUUCUCCAACCAUCGCCUCCUCCAGCUCAUUCUUCGACCUGAGCCGUAUCGAGCUUGUUCUCCAACCCGAGCCGCCUCGAGGUCAUUCUCUCUCUUCUCUUCACCAAUACAAUCACUAAUUAAUCUUUUCACCACGGAGGUAACAUUUAAACUUAGUAUCUUACGAAUUUCAGAUUGAAUUGAUCCUUUUUUGAGUUAUUGGGUUAUAAAAAGAUUAUUUAGGUUGUUGUUUGGUCUCUGGGGCUGGUUUUUUUAGAUCCGAGAUAAACAAAUGAUUCCAACGUUUGAUUUGUGUUAAUGGGUUUGUGAUUGAUCCACCAGAGCAUUGUUGGAAUCGAAUUAAUUGUUGGUGGGCUUGGUUGGGUUGGCUGUAUAUCUUUGGAUGUAUCUAGUUAUCACCUUAGAGCAGGAUCGGCUUGUGAGCUGUAGCCAACUUGUUUCUGGGUUUUCUCAGAAUUCGAUUUGCUUCCACUUGGUUGUUUGGUUAGCAUGGUUUAAUAUAGCUUGAGAAAUUUGAUUUGGGUUUGUGAAUUCUGAUUUGUUUUUAGAAUCCAAAUGAAUUUUGAUUGCAGGAAAUAAGCUAAUACAUGAAUUUUGGGGUCAGUUCCGGGCUUAACUUUUGUUCUUUAAGCUGAUGCUGUUUUUGAAGAUUAUGAUUUCCGGGCUUAACUUUUGUUCUUUAAGCUGAUGCUGUUUUUGAAGAUUAUGAUUUCCGGUGCACUGGCUUCUGGCAAAGGAACUCAGUGUGAAUUGAUUGUCAAGAAGUCUCUACUUCGGCUUUCACAUCCAGAUUAAUGGAGCUCUGCAGCGACUAGUAGAGCUAUUUUCGAUUCGGAUAUUGUAGACGGCGGCGGAACGGUGAAGGUUCAUUGAAUCUUGUCUUGGUGUUAGUUUUCUUUGGAAUUUUGUUGAAACAGACGAAAAGAAAAGAAGAAGAAGAGGAGGAAGAAGAGAAGAAGAAUAGGGAGACGGGAAGAAAUUGAUGCUCAAUUCCAACAGAAAUUGAGUAAACUGAUCAUCCUAGGUAUAAGGCAAGGACAACAACUGCUCUCAAAGUUCCAGAGUUUUAACUUGAGAGUGAUCCUCUGUCUAUUUAUACUCAAAUAUGUAAUAGUGCGUUGCUAAGCGUUAUGUUGACUUUGGAUUACAGCUUAUAGGCGCUGAUCUUAUGUCAAUACUUGGCCUUUACAAAUUUGUUCAGGGAAACUUGGUGGAACAAAAGGAUUUGCGAAGGAAGGCUCACUGCUAGUACUAGUGUAGAGAAAAACAGAAGGCUUUUUUUCUGUAAAUUUCUGGUCAUGGCUCCAUCUGCAAGCACAUCGAAAGUUGCUAGAUCUAUAGCCUUAAGGAUAAAGGCGGUGCAGAUGAAACGUAGUAGAAAAACCGUAUCUGAACCACCUAUUACUUCUCCAAAUCGUAAACCUGCUACCCCCAAGGAAGCUGAAGCAAGCCUGACAGAAGCCAACAAGGCUACCCUCCCUAGGAGAAGUCCGCGAAAACAUAAAGCUACUCAGUCCAGCAAGGAUGCAUCCGCCAGGAGAAGUAUGCCACCGCCUAAAGCAGGAAAUUCCAAGAAGGCUGUGGCAGCAAAGAAGUCAUCGUCCGGUCAUAAGUCUGCAAAGAGCAAGUCAUCAGAGGAUUCUGAUGAUGAUGAUGAUAACAUCACUGGUGGAUUGAGGUUGCUUAAGCGAGGGAUGGUAACCAUGAAUAAAAUUACUAGGCGACUGAUUCGAGGAAAGAAGCUAAAGGUGAAUUCUAAUGCUGAUGGGGAGCCAAUUGGGAAGGCAGCUAAGGAGAUGCAGUCAUACAUUGGGGUGUUGGCACGCACCAAGAUCCCAAUAUCUAUAAAUGAUUGGAGAAAUGUGCCUUUGGAUGAAAAAGACAAGAUUUGGAAUAGUAUUCAGGAUGCUUAUGUGGUGCCAAAAGAAUGGAAGAAAUUGGUGAUUACAUCAGCCGGCCAUAAAUGGAGAGAGUUCAAGAGCAAACUAAUGAACUGGUACAUUAUUCCCUAUCUGGAUUCUCCUGAACUUUUACAGUUCCCUCCAGAUGAUUAUCGAUCCAUUGAGGUAUCUGAAUGGAAUACGUUCGUGGCUGAUAGAACUUCACAACAAUUUCAGGUACUCCGUGAAAAGCAGAAAAAAAAUAGGAAGGAGAAUAAGUAUCCUCAUCGAAUGUCACGGAAAGGAUAUGCUAACUUCCAAGAAGAACUGGCUGAAAAAAUACCGAUUGAAGAAUUGGAUCGUGCUACGAUGUGGAUAAAGGCCCGGCAAGACAAGAGCGGCAACUUCAAAGGGCCAGCAGUGAAGAAGAAGGUCGAAAAAAUUGAAGGUUUGAAGAGGAAAGUGUUUGAAGGAGAAAUCAACCCUGAAGGAACAGAUGAUGUUCUGACUUUGGCGUUGGGAAAUCCUGAGUAUCCUGGUAGGGUACGUGGUGUUGGUGGCUUCGUCAACCCUUCGGCAUAUUUUCAUCUACCUAAACGCCAAAUGCUAAAUGUAGAAGAUAGUGUCAGGGUAAGUGUUAAGAAGAUACUAGCAGAAGAGAAAGAAAAUAUCAUUGCUCAGGAAAGAGCCAAAUGGGAGUUGGAGAUGGAGCAACAAAUUGCUAGGGAAAGAGCCGCUUGGGAGGAAAGGUUUCAGAAGUUAGAAGCGAUGGUUAAUGGGAAAGAGAUGCCAGCUGACUCACCCAAACCUGUGACACCGCUGAAUGAUUUAGGCUCUGGCCAAGGCAGCUGUUCAAGGCACCUUGAAAAGGCUGGUUUGAAAGCAAUUGAAAUUGAAGCUGCCAAAACUGCCAAGAAGAAGUUAGAUUUAAGGGAGGACCAGCAGAAAGUAGUUGAGGAGAAUGAAGUCUUUGUGGAUGGGGAGCUGAACAUCAAACUAACCUCGAUUAUUGAGGAGGAGGUUAGAAAUGAUUUAACUCCGAAAAAAAAUGCAGUUGUGGAGCAAGUGCAAGUGCCUCAGGUUCAGUCCACCAAUAUUGUCCAGUCAGGGUGUAAACUUGCGAUAGAUUCAUUGGACAACAUAGUGGCUGAAGGAACGAUCAUUCAAGUGGAUGUUGACUCCAGCAAGCAAACUAUCCAUGGUGUUCCAUUGGCUGAGGAAAAUGUCCGAGUAUCGAUCACCAAAUCUAUUGUUGCUAAUGCUUUGCUACCAAUUCCUAUUAAUGAUGAGAUUCUGUUUGUCCGCGAUGCAAUUGGUACAUGCAUUGCUUGGCCUAGAGACUGGGUUAUACCCACUGCAGCUGAUGCAAAGCGGGAAAAGAUUAAGGUUGUGAGGAGGAAAAAGAAGGAUAUAUAUGAUGAUUUUUUUGAUCAUGAUGAUUUGGACAAGCUGCCACCCAAUUUGCCUCCACCACUUGAGACGUUGGCCACAUGGGCUAAUGAUAACUUGAAGGAUGGGAUCACCAUCCACACAACCUUAGGCGAGGAAUUAUUUGGAUAUCUAAAAAAGGUCGCCAUCUUCAGAAGGGAUGUGUAUGCCAUGACCAACAUGAAGGAGGUUUCUGCCGGCUGCAUUGUGAUGUAUAUGAGCUUCCUUUAUCAAGUGUUGAAGAAAUCGAAGAUGCUUGACAUGAUUGGCUUCGUAGAUCCUGCUAAUACUGGUAUCAUUGGCUGUGGAAAUCCGACUGAACAGGCUCGUUCUUUGUCAGUUUCUUAUGAAAGAGGGAAGCCUGGUCAGAUUUUUUUGGUCCCCUAUAAUUCAGGCGGUCAUUGGAUGUUGACGGUGGCAAACCCCACUGAAGAAGUUGUGUAUUUCAUGGAUCCGCUAAAGAGGCGACUCAUCACCGGUGAAUGGAGAACUAUUGUGGACAACUCCAUCAAAAUAUUCAAUGCCCAAAAACAUAGGAAAGGCCGAAAGACAGUUCAAUGGAAAAACUGUGCAGGCAUUCCGGAGCAGAUGGGUGAUAAGACUUGUGGUUAUUGGAUUAUGCAUUACAUGAGGGAUAUAGUGGAGGACAAAAACCAAGAGUGGAGUGCUAAGUGGGAAAGAAAAGCAAAUCACUAUUACACAAUGGAGAAUGUUGAUGCUGUCAGGGCAGAGUGGGCAAAGUAUGUUAUGAAGUUCAAAGAUAACUAGUGCAUGUGUAGGUUAACUAGUAGUUGAAGAUAUGUAGCACCAACUUUUGGACAUGCAAAGUUGAUAUAUAUAUAGGCCAGAUUUUGAUUGCAGUACUGCUAGCUAUUUUGCUAUAUUGUUUAGUUGGUUGCCCACAUUGUGUAGUGCUUUUGGUUUAUUAGCAAGCAGUACUGCAUGUAUAUAUUUUGCUGGCUGCCCAGAUUAGUAGAUAUGGGUCAUUUAGAACUGAUGCUAAUCGAUGAUUAGGUUUGUGUACAUGAGACGACAAUGGUGGAUUAAUGGAAAUUGCAAUAUGAUUUUGG